CGCCACGCCGCCCUCUCGUCGCUGCUCCGCUCCGAGCUGGCGGCAGCGCUGGAACGCGUGGCGCCCGGCACGGCGGCGGCGUCGGUCGCCCUCGCCGCCGGCCUCGCCGGGUGUGUCGACGGCGCUUGCUUGCUGCGCAACGCGGACGGCUCGCUGCGAGAGCCAGAGCUGCGGCACAAUCCUUACGACCCGCGGGCGCCGCUUGCGUCGCGGCUGGGAAGGUGCGACGACGAGCCGUGGCAUCUGUGGGACCUCGCGGAGAAGCGUGGCGGCAGCGGCCCUUCCCCGGCCGCACUCCUCCGCCCGCUAAAGGGCCUGUGCGCCGACGCUCACGCGCUCGAGCGGCUGCGGGGCGUGCUCCCGCCCGUGCUGCCCUCGCUGGGCAUCCUGCACAAGCUUGGGGUCCGCUUCCGAUUGCGGCUGCACUGCGCGUGCGCGCUGGCCAACCAGGGCGCGCCCGUCGCCUUCCGUGCGGAGGCGACUUCGGCAACGGUGCAGGAGGAGGUGCUCCGCGUGUGCCGGCCCGAGUGGGUCAAUUAACCGUUGCAGGGCGAGAUUCGUGUGUGCCGAGGGGAAAGAAAGAAAGAAAAAACAGUA